AUGGGUCAAAACCUUGAGGUCAUUAAUUACUCCCAUUCAACUAUUCUUCCAAAGAAAUUUAAAGUCAAUGGAUUUGAUGGAACCAAACAAUUAUUCGUCCGAGUUGAUGGUCCAUCUGGUACACAUGCAGGACCAUUUAAAUUCGUAUAUGAAAUAGUAACGCCACCUAUAUUGAGGGAAUUUUCAAUUCCAACAAAUGUUGGAGUUCCAGGUAAAACGAUUCCGCUUAAAUACGUAUAUGCCCUAGAUAAGAACACAUAUUCUUCCAGUCCCAAUAAACAAGUUUACUUCCUUUAUAAAAUUAAUGACGAUAUCAAAAGCUUCGGAAGUGAAACUUACUCCUUAAAAGGUAAAGAUAAACCUCGAACAUGGUAUUAUACAGUGCCCCUUGAUACACCUUCAGUUCCAUUGAAAGUAGAAGCAUGGGUUCAAUAUUCUAAUUAUAAACUACCAAAAAAGAAUACAAAUUCAGCUCCAAUAUCUGCAACUGUGCCUAUCUCUAAAGCACCAAUUGUAGAUUUUAACUAUCCAACAGAAAGAAAUGAAUAUGGAUAUGAAGAUAUCAUACCAAUAAAUCUUGGAAUUCAAGAUGAAGGCACGAUCAGUUAUGAAGUAAAAUUUGGUGGAAUUAGUGCAAUUAAAAAAGAGGGAAUUCGUAUCAAUAAUAAUGAACGCAUCAUUCCACUACAACUUCAAAUUCCAGAAGCUGUUAAAUUUAAUGAGAAGCAUCCCACAGUAAAUUGUGAAAUCAUUGUCAAGGAUGAAUUUAACCAAGAAACAAAGGAUAUUCACUCCUUUACUUUAAGAUCAAAACCUGUUAUAACCUUACUUGACCAACUUCCAGGAGAUACUAAAUUUGUUCCUGGAGAAUCUUUCCUUGUGCGCUGCUGGUGCACUGCCAAAACAAUACCUCAGCAUUUCUGUUGGUAUUAUAGCUUUGAUGAUGGUAAAUAUGUACCAGGACACUCGUAUUAUCGAUACACAUCAGCAAACAAAUGGGUUACACCAAAAAUAGUAGUUCCCUCAGGAAUGGCACCUGGACCACACAUUGUUAAAAUAAUGAUGUCCUCAAGGCAAAACUUAAACACAGUUCCUCGAACACCAAAUUCAGACUCAGAAGAAAAGUCAUUUACAGUUGAAGUUACAAAGACCCCUAUUCUAAGACUUGAUGAAUUCAUGCAAAAAGUUUAUUCAAAUGGUGGUAGACUUCAAAUAACUGGAACUAUUGAAGGAUAUGGAUCGAUUAAGAUCAAAGUUAAUCUCGACAAUCAGGAACUUGAACCAAUUAAUGAUUAUGUUCCAAAUGGAAAAUUAAGUACUACUAUUUCAAAGCGUAUAUAUUUGCCAGAGAAAAUGGCAUUUGGAGCUCAUCAAAUAACAUUCCAACCAUUCUCAUCAGGUCAUCCAGGUAAACAAAUAACUAGAACUAUUAAUAUUAAGAAUAAGCCAAGACUCAUUUCGGUCACUUCAAGCUAUCCAGAUUAUGGAAGAGGUGGAGAUUUUAUUGGAUAUGCUACACUCACCGACUAUGAUGUCUCGAAGCCACUAUAUAUUUAUGGACAGCUUCCUGAUGAAAAGCCAUUCAUACUAUUUUCAGGAAAAUCAACUGGUGAAGAAGAGAGAGAAAUAUUCCUGUCCGGUACAUUCGAUACAAAACAUCUUGGAAAGGUUGAAAUGAAAAUUUGGGCUACAGAUAUUCAAGAUCCAAAUAAAGGAGAUGAUCUUGAUAAGUCUGAAGUUAGAUCUGUUCAAUUCAUUCUUACAGAUGUUCCUCGCGUUAAAGUUACAUUUCCAACUUCUCGUUACCAUACAAGUAAUGAAACAAUUGAAACAAUUGUCGAAGUUCAAGAUGAUGAUUUUGUGAUCUUAAAAGUACAGAUUGAUACAACUGAGAUUUCUGCUCUUGAAGAACGAAUUGAUUCCAAAUCUGUAUUGAAGAGACAGCCAAAGAGUAUCCCAUUAAACAAUCUUGAGUAUGGUCCUCAUUUCAUCUUUAUGUAUGUGGAGGAUAGCCUUGGAUACGUUUCUGAAGCUGAAUUUUAUAGUUUCACCGUUAUCAAUUAUCCAAAAAUCGAAAAAGUACAGUUCGAAAGAUCAUAUGCAAUUCUAAAUGAAGUCAUUGAUUUCAAUUUAACAUUUUCUGAUUAUGAUUAUUACAAGCCACUAUACAUCUAUUUACAGAUUGGAGACAAAGAUAUUCAGAAUUCAAUUCAUUCUUUAUACUCACCUGGAAAAAUGAACCAUGAAUUAACAAUAGGACUUUUCAUUGACAAGGAUGAAAAGCCUGGUACUUACCCUGUAAAGAUAUGGAUGUCUAACAGCAACAGGCCAUUUAAGACUGACAACUAUAUCAAGAAAUCAGAAGUAUAUGAAACAACACUUGUAAUUGCAUAUAGGCCAACCCUUGAAAUUAGACAACCAAAUAGAGCAAUUUAUGCUGAUGGAGAAAAGAUUCCAAUUGUUGGUACAAUCUCUUCAUUCUCAAAUCUGAUUCUUAAGUAUCGUAUUGAGGGGUUGUGCCAUGUGAGGUGA